AUGAACGCGCAGACUCUCUCCACAAACGCCACGGUUUCUCUUAUUCAACUUUCUGUCGACUUCUCUGAACCUGGACACUACUUCCUAUAUGCUUACCACAUCAUAUUCGCCACAAGUGCGGUUCUGCUGUCAGGAUCGGUAGUCGUCGGAAUCUUAAAAACGAAGCACCUCCGAGUUCAAAACAGAUUUGUGUUUAUGCUGAGCACAAGCAUGUGUGACGUUGUCACGGGCCUAUCUCUAUAUUACUCAACUCUUUUUGACGUUCAAGAGGGAUACCCAUCCAGAAACGGAACGUAUAAUAUUUUACCGUCUUUUCUCGGUGUGAACCUUUUAACGUUUAUGUUUUCUCAGUUUGAUAGAUACUGCGCUGUGUGUUAUCCUUUCUACUACAAGCGCUUCGUGUCGCGCUCCCUUGUCAUAGGCGUCUGUUCGUACUGCUGGUUCCACACUUGUGCUCUGUUUCAGCUUGUGGUGAAUUUAAUUCCAGUUACACUAGCUAAGAAGGUAUACGCCUUCAGCAUUGCCACUUUACAGAUUGUCGUGUUGACCAAUGUGGUGAUGACGAUUAAAUUGUUCUUCGUUGCCAGACAUCAAGUUAAACGGGACCCUCCAAGUGCGGAGAGGGACAGCAAGGUAGAGUCCUUAAAGAUUAUAAUUGUCGUCGUAAUUACUUUUUUAAUUUUCUGGUACCCCGCAUUUGUAAACAUAGUCGUAAAGCAAAUUUCUAAUUACGGCAUUUAUUUUCAAAACGACGGCACGAACCCUUUUUUAAUAUUGGCCCGUUUCAAUGCACUGUCUACUUCGGCGCUAUACGUUUGGGGAAGUCCGGCGUUACGCAUCGCUGUGUGGCGCAUCGGUUGGUACAAGAUCUUGCCAAAGUGCACAAGAAGGUGA